CUGCGUGUGACUGACCUGCUUUCUCCAGACUUUCUGUCACUGCGGUUCCUUUUAAUAGAGAAUAAAUCAUAAACAGCGACUGUUUUUUUUUUUCCUUUUUCACACAGUCAAUCUCUGCGCUGGAGUGUGUGAGCGCUCGUCGCGGCAGGUGGUCUGCGGUGUGAGUGUGAGUGUGAGUGUGUGUAUGUGUUUGUGGUUGUGAAUGUGUGUGUGGUGUGUUUUACCUCAGAGUUGGUGUGUUUUUUCCCUGGGUGCUGCUCCAGCCCGGAUCCUCAGUAAACUGAUGUUUGAGAGGCUCCGUGUCAGAGAUGGCUGAGUUCCUGCAGCCAGACUCAAGAAGAUGUAGUUACUUCUUCCUGUAUGACGGGUCUAAAGUGAGAGGCGAGGGCGACCCUACUCGAGACGGAAUCUGCUACUUCUACCCCGAAGAGACUCCUCUGGAUAAGCAGGAGCUGCUGUGCGGCCAGCUCGCCGGCGUGGCCCGCUGCGUCUCCGAGCUGUCCUCGUCCCCGGUGCGCACGCUCCGGCUGCGGCGCAUCAAGUUCUCCAUCCACAUGAAGGAUGACUUCCUGUGGGCGCUCGGCUGCUCGAUGGACGUCCCCACGGUCAGCGUCUGCGAGCUGCUGGAUCAACUCAUCAGCCUCUUCUGUUUCUACAGCGGGCCGGUUCGUCACAGCUAUCAGCUGAACAGCCAGCGGACUCUGGCAGAGCGGUGGGCGCGCUACCUCUCACACCUGCAGUUGGGAUCGUCUGCGCUCCAUCACAUCUUCAGCAGCUUGAGGACCAUCGACUCCACCAACGUUGACCCUCUUCUGCUGCUCAAAGCCGCCCUCAUCCUGCAGGCCUGCCAGCGCUGCCCUCUAGUGCUCGCAGGCUGCAUCCUCUUCAGAGGAAGAGUUGUGAGCACGCAGAUGACCCCCGAGCUCACGAUGAAGAUCAUGGUUUACGAGAGUGAAACGUACAGCAGGGCUCAAAGGCCCAAUGGACCGAGCAGCUCCGGCUCGUCUGGAGGCUCCGUGAGCUCGACGAAUGUCUUUCUGACCCCGUCUGAGCUGCAGUGCCUGCAGUCCGCUCCUGUAGAUAAGGACCACAGCUCUCCUUGUACGCCACGCGCAGACGCCCCCCUGAAGAAAACCCGCCUGUCCAGAACGCUGUCGGACACGCCCUCCAGCGAGUCGGAUCCGUCCGAUCCGAACUCUCCGCCCGUGUUCAGCCCGGCUCCCUCCGUGAGUUCCUCCGAUUCGCCCCGGCCGUCGUCCCGCUCCCCUCCCUUCUCAAACGGACAAGCCUCCCACGAGGCCGAGGGGGAACCGCUGGACCGGUCCUACUACCACAGCUUCCACAGCAACGGGGACGGAGCAGCAGGAGACUCUGGGCCCGAGAGACGCUCCCCUCUGAAUGGAGGCGGACGGACCGGAGCGGGCGCUGGCGGGACGGGCGCCGAGUGGCGUGACGGCGACAGAACUCCUCCUCCUCCUCCUCCCGGCGCGUCUGAGACCUCGAGGGAGGAGCCGCUGGUCCCCAUGACGCUGUACAUGCACCGGGUGAAGGGCCUGGUGCUGGCGCUGCUGGUGGAGCCCCCGUUUCUAAACGACACGGCGUCGAUGGAGGAAGUGUAUCACAGCAGCCUGGCUUCACUCAAUGGACUGGAGGCCCAUCUGAGGACCAUCUCUCCAGGGGCCCCCGGGGGCCGCGGGCCCUAUGUUUUUGCCCACUUUGACUUAAUUCAGCGCACGUUGACAUCCAACCUGUCUGGCCGAGCAGGAGGAGCCCCGGAGCAUUCCUUUGUCAGAGCCACGUCGCUCCUUCAUUCGCAUUUCUGUAACACUGAAACUCUGCAGGAGGCUAUUAUCAGGAGUGCCGGUGAGGCUGUGUACGGCACCCGCAGCGUGGCCCAGGAGACGUACUUCCAGCAGCACGGGGUUCUGCUGAGGAACUCGGGCAUCCCGAACCACCAGGACAGCGCGUUCUCCUUACCCGCCAAGGCCCGGAGCAGACUGCUGAAGCACGGGGUCAACCUGCUCUGAGAGAACCCCGCACUGGAGGAAAGUGUCAGCGUUCAGCAAGAUUUAUUCAAGAAAUCAACGGGCACGCCCUGUAAAUACCCGUCUGACCGAGCUGCAGAGAAUUCCAGAAAUGAUCCGGCAGCUUGUCCGUCUGCUCCUCAGAGCAGCUUUUGCACUUGCUGCUUGAUUUUGCUUGAUGUUUAGUUACAGCCUGAUCACUGGACUGGUGACAGACAGAUUCUGUAUGAAUUUAAAAUUUUCUCACUCAAUGAAUGUGCAGCCGUUGCAUGACGUACGUAUUCAGUUUUGACCCAAAUUUUGCUGAGUAUCCACGAGGCAACGUUAAAUACUGUAUACACCCAGUGCAUAUUCAGCUUGUUUACAGGUGAAAUUUUCACUGAUUUACAUAAUGAGCAGAAAUCACUCAAAUGCUUAUAAUUGACUCAGAUGUGAGACUUCUCGUUCAACACUACACCGCUGCGCCGCACGCAAAACCUGGUCACUUCUUGUUAAACUUGUUCAGAUUGACUCCCACGCAGCGCGUUCCCCUUCCAUUCAUUCAUACUUUAUAGUUGUUUUUUUUUUUAACUUGAGUCUUCCAGAAUGAAUGGAUAAAUUAUUUUAUGAACAAUUUUCUUUUUUUUUUUAAUACAGACAAAAAAAAAAGAUGUUUGAAAAAGAGUGCAUGGAUGUGAAGCUUGUAUUUCUUCCAAUUUUGACUCAAAGCGCACAGAUUUGUUUACAGUUAAUGUUCAACAGUGAUGCUAUUUUCACAUCCCGAUAUACAUUUCUGAAUUUUUUUACAAUCUGAUUAUUCACCCUCUCAUCUAAAGAUAUAUACAUUUCCUCAUAACAACCGUUUCUUCUCCCAAUAACUGUCAGUUGUGCAAUUUUCUAUGUAGAAUUUUGAAAAAUGUUUACACUGGACUAUAUAAUAUGCAAUUAAAUAAAAACCAUUGAAAGUGCCACUUUUUACUGGUGUGUCAUGAAAAUAUUUGAUAUUUCUAUUUAAAUGAAGUCUUAUAUCUUUGAAUUUCAUCCUGCAGUAAAAAUGUAUGCCGUUGUUGUGAUUGUUUUGUUUACGAGUUUUAGUCUAGUUCUUGGAAAAUAUCAGACACCGUGAGUGUGGCCUGUUUAUGCACUGCACACAUUUUAUUUUCCAAACUUACUACUUCAUUGGUACUUUACUUUUCCACUUUUGAUGAAUAUAUUGCUUUAUCAAAGUAAGAAUUUUAAAUAAAAGUUAAAAAAGAAAAAUAUGGCUGUGUGAAGAAUAGUGU